AGCAGCUGAAGACCUACAAAGCCCCAAAAGAUACGAUUCGUAUAGUGGGUGGAUAGGAUAAUACCAUUGACGGCGGACAGGCUUUAACCUAUCCUCAUACCACUUCUUUCAGUUACGCGCACUACUCGCCAAGGCCCACGACAGUGCAGCCUGCCUGGAAACGUCUAGGUUCGUUUUACUAACGUAGGAUGAUUUAAUCUAGUUGAUAUCCUCUGCAUCGGCAUUUAUCUCUGUUUAACUCUCGGGGAGCUGCCGUUGCUUCCCUACUCUGCGCUUGGAGUGUGAAAGACCCACAGACAUGUUUCUGUACAACAUAACCUUACAGCGUGCCACUGGCAUCACCCAUGCUAUCCAUGGCAAUUUUUCUGGGACCAAGCAGCAGGAGAUCGUUGUUUCCAGAGGGAAGAUUCUGGAACUGCUGCGACCCGACGCCAACACCGGGAAAGUACACACGCUACUUACCAUGGAGGUGUUUGGCAUCAUCCGCUCCCUCAUGGCCUUCCGACUCACCGGUGGGACCAAAGAUUACAUCGUGGUGGGUAGCGACUCUGGGCGCAUCGUGAUCCUGGAAUACCAGCCCUCCAAGAACAUGUUUGAGAAGGUGCACCAGGAGACCUUUGGGAAGAGUGGAUGCAGGCGAAUCGUUCCGGGCCAGUUCCUUGCUGUUGACCCCAAAGGACGUGCAGUUAUGAUUGGUGCCAUCGAGAAGCAGAAGCUGGUGUACAUCCUGAACCGCGAUGCUGCUGCACGUCUCACCAUCUCAUCCCCCCUGGAGGCGCACAAGGCCAACACGCUGGUGUACCAUGUAGUAGGCGUGGACGUGGGCUUUGAGAACCCCAUGUUCGCCUGCUUGGAGAUGGAUUACGAGGAGGCGGACAACGACCCCACCGGCGAAGCAGCGGCCAACACCCAACAGACCCUGACCUUCUACGAGCUGGACCUCGGGCUGAACCACGUGGUGCGCAAAUACAGCGAAGCUCUGGAGGAGCAUGGGAACUUCCUCAUCACAGUGCCAGGCGGAUCCGACGGCCCUAGUGGGGUUCUCAUCUGCUCUGAGAACUACAUCACUUACAAGAAUUUUGGGGACCAGCCUGACAUCCGCUGCCCCAUCCCUCGGCGGAGGAAUGACCUGGACGACCCAGAGCGAGGCAUGAUUUUCGUCUGCUCGGCCACCCACAAGACCAAGUCCAUGUUUUUCUUUCUGGCCCAAACAGAGCAGGGCGAUAUCUUCAAAGUUACUCUGGAGACCGAUGAGGAGAUGGUCACGGAGAUCAGAAUGAAAUACUUUGACACCAUCCCCGUGGCGACGGCCAUGUGUGUGCUGAAAACUGGCUUCCUGUUCGUCUCCUCUGAGUUCGGAAACCAUUACCUGUACCAGAUCGCCCACCUGGGCGAUGAUGAUGAGGAGCCUGAAUUCUCCUCCGCCAUGCCCCUGGAAGAAGGGGACACCUUCUUCUUCCAGCCGCGGGCUUUGAAGAACCUGGUGCUGGUGGAUGAGCAGGAGAACCUCUCGCCUAUCAUGUCCUGUCAGAUUGCCGACCUGGCCAACGAGGACACCCCUCAGCUGUACGCGGCCUGCGGCCGGGGACCGCGAUCCACGCUGAGGGUUCUGAGACACGGUCUUGAGGUAUCCGAGAUGGCCGUGUCGGAGCUUCCGGGUAACCCCAACGCCGUGUGGACCGUGCGGAGGCACAUCGAAGACGAGUUUGACGCAUACAUCAUCGUGUCCUUCGUCAACGCCACGCUGGUGCUGUCCAUCGGAGAGACUGUGGAGGAAGUCACUGACUCUGGCUUCCUUGGCACCACGCCCACCCUGUCCUGCUCCCUGCUGGGCGAGGACGCGCUGGUGCAGGUGUACCCAGACGGGAUCCGUCAUAUCCGGGCAGACAAGCGUGUCAACGAGUGGAAGACCCCAGGCAAGAAAACCAUCGUGCGCUGCGCAGUGAACCAGAGGCAGGUGGUCAUCGCCCUGACCGGCGGCGAGCUGGUCUACUUCGAGAUGGACCCCUCGGGGCAGCUGAACGAGUACACGGAGCGGAAGGAGAUGUCCGCCGACGUGGUGUGCAUGAGCCUGGCCAACGUGCCCGUCGGCGAGCAGCGCUCUCGCUUCCUGGCCGUCGGCCUAAUGGACAACACCGUCCGCAUCAUCUCGCUGGACCCCUCGGACUGUCUGCAGCCCCUCAGCAUGCAAGCCCUUCCUGCCCAGCCGGAAUCCCUCUGCAUUGUGGAAAUGGGUGGGGUGGAGAAACAGGACGAGCUGGGGGAGAAGGGCGGCGUGGGCUUCCUCUACCUCAACAUCGGUCUGCAGAACGGGGUGCUGCUGAGGACCGUGCUGGACCCUGUGACGGGGGACCUGUCCGACACCCGCACCCGCUAUCUGGGGUCGCGGCCUGUCAAGCUCUUUCGCGUCCGGAUGCAGGGGCAGGAGGCUGUCCUGGCCAUGUCCAGCCGCUCCUGGCUUAGCUACUCGUAUCAGUCCCGCUUCCACCUGACACCUCUGUCCUACGAGACGCUGGAGUAUGCAUCGGGUUUUGCCUCCGAGCAGUGCCCCGAGGGUAUCGUGGCCAUCUCUACAAACACUCUGAGAAUUUUGGCUCUGGAGAAACUAGGAGCAGUCUUCAACCAGGUGGCCUUCCCCUUGCAGUGCACGCCACGUAAAUUUGUGAUCCAUCCCGAGACGAACAACCUCGUCCUGAUCGAGACGGACCACAAUGCCUACACAGAGGCCACCAAGGCACAGCGCAAGCAGCAGAUGGCCGAGGAAAUGGUGGAAGCUGCCGGGGAAGACGAGAGGGAACUAGCUGCGGAGAUGGCCGCCGCCUUCCUGAACGAGAACCUCCCGGAGGCCAUCUUCGGCGCCCCCAAGGCCGGUUCGGGUCAGUGGGCCUCCCUGGUGCGGCUCGUGAACCCCACCCAGGGCGGCACACUGGACCUGGUCCAGCUGGAGCAGAACGAAGCCGCCUUCAGUGUGGCCGUGUGCCGCUUUGCCGGGGGUGGCGAAGACUGGUAUGUCCUUGUGGGCGUGGCCAGGGACCUGAUUCUCAAUCCUCGCUCGGUGGGCGGCGGCUUCAUCUACACCUAUCGCAUCGUCGGGGGCGGCGACAAGCUGGAGUUUGUACACAAGACACCCGUGGAGGACGUCCCCCUGGCCAUUGCCCCCUUCCAGGGCCGCGUGCUGGUGGGUGUUGGCAAGCUGCUGCGGAUCUAUGACCUCGGCAAGAAGAAGCUGCUUCGGAAGUGUGAGAAUAAGCAUGUUCCCAACCUGGUGACGGGGAUCCAUACCAUCGGCCAGCGGGUCAUCAUCUCAGACAUCCAGGAGAGCCUCUUCUGGGUGCGCUACCGGCGUAACGAGAACCAGCUCAUCAUCUUCGCGGACGACACCCAUCCUCGCUGGGUCACCACGGCCUGCCUGCUGGACUACGACACCAUGGCUUGUGCUGACAAGUUUGGCAACAUCAGCAUUGUUCGACUGCCCCCCAACACCAGUGAUGAUGUGGAUGAGGACCCUACCGGGAACAAGGCCCUUUGGGAUCGAGGUCUGCUGAACGGGGCUUCCCAGAAAGCAGAGGUCAUAGUGAACUACCACAUCGGGGAGACGGUCCUCUCUCUGCAGAAGACGACGCUGAUCCCUGGGGGCUCGGAGUCGCUGGUCUACACCACUCUGUCUGGGGGCAUCGGCAUCCUGGUGCCCUUCACCUCCCAUGAGGACCACGACUUCUUCCAGCACCUGGAGAUGCACAUGCGAUCAGAGUUCCCCCCACUCUGCGGACGAGACCACCUCAGCUUCCGCUCCUACUACUUCCCAGUCAAGAAUGUCAUCGACGGUGACCUGUGCGAGCAGUUCAACUCCAUGGACCCCCACAAGCAGAAGAGCGUGUCAGAGGAGCUGGAUCGCACCCCCCCCGAAGUCUCCAAGAAGCUGGAAGACAUCCGCACCCGAUAUGCAUUUUAGGCUGACUUACCAUGCAACGGAAGUGGGGGAGGGGGGCGCUCUCGCACAUGGAUACCUGCACAGGCUUCUGUUCCUGCAGACUCUGGCUUGAAACUGAUGAAUCGUGGCUUUAUUUUGCCCUAAUGCCGCCUCCCUCCCUUGCAUAUUUACUUUUCAUUUGGAUGCUGGCUGAUUCCUGGCAGCCAAUCAAUGGGCUUUUUACAAAGAUGUACCCAAACGGUCCAGAGUCCCCUGUGAAAACCUUUUCUGUAGCUUGUUGUUGUCCUUCAAGCGGGGCAAUGAAGCUCUGUCGCCGAUUUAUCCUGCCACACAAUACAUCUCAGAUCCCAGCACCGCAUCUGAGAUGUCAGGGAAUAAAGAGUGAUGCAGACUGUCAGCUGAACUCUUAAGUACAAAUUCUAGAGAUUCAACUUAUUUGCUGGUUGAAAGGUGGUAGUGUUAGAGGUGUUUUUCCACCCCUCCCUUCUCAGAUGAUGAUGAUUGCUGUUUCUUCCUGAAGGAUUCUAAGCUGUUGGAAGUAAACUCUGUAAGUGGGUUGUGUAAGGACUGUUGUAAAUAAAUCUUUUUUUUUUUAAUUAAAAUAAAGCUCAAUAUCAUUUUUAA